AUGGAACACCAAAAUUAUCAAUACAAAUCAAAUGGUACUAAAAACAAUGUUGAAUAUUAUACUUGCUCCAGUCCAAAUGUCUCAUGUAAUGGUACACUUAAAAGGAAAAUUGAUGGAACAAUUGUAUGCGGUAAAUCACACACUAAUGAUCCAUUUCUUCAAACAAUUGAAAAAAAAAAAUUUCGGAAAGUACUUAUCGAUAGAGCACAAUCCGAGACUACACGUUUGAAAAUUAUUUAUGAUGAAGAAGCUAUCAGAAAUCCAAAUAUGGCUUACACUUAUCCUUGGACAUCAGCCGAGUCAUCAAUGCGUAAGGCAAGACGUGCACAUGUUCCGGUUCUACCUGAAACUCUAAAUGCUUUGGGAGAGAUUUUGGCAGAACAGGAAAACUUGAUUCAGUGCAAUGGUCAUCGAUUUUUUCAAGAGUGUGUAGUAGAUGGCAAUGGGAAAGCUCAUGUUAUGUUUGCCUGUCCAGAGGUUAUCAAUGAUGUAAUUUUAAAUGAAGGUACGGAAUUGCAUGCUGAUGCAACUUUCAAAGUCGUACCAUCCAUGCCCAAAUGCCGGCAAUUGUUUAUAAUGCAUAUAAUUAUUCAAAAUCACUCCGUUCCAAUAUGUUAUGUUUUAAUGGAAAGUAAAACUGAAAAUGCCUAUCUAACGGUAUUAACAAAUUUUAAAAGUAUUUUUCCAAAUGUCCAGCCUUCAGUUAUAAUGACUGACUAUGAAGUCGGCUUGAAAAAUGCAUUUUCAAUUGUAUACCCUGAUGCCGUUUUAGUUUCGUGCUGGUUCCAUUAUGUACAGAGUUUGUGGAAAAAUAUAAAAAGGUUGCAUUAUACAACAUACAUAAGGGAUAAUGAACUAGCAAAAAAAUGUUUAAAAAUGAUGAUGGCACUUCCAUUGCUUCCUGGAGACCAAAUCGAGUUGGGCUUUCAAGACAUUAAGACAUAUGCUAGAAUAAAUAAUAUAAAUUUGGCAAGGUUUUUCACUUAUUUUUCUAGACAAUGGAUAAACCGGACAGGGCCAAAUGUUUUUUCUGUAUACGGACAAGCUAGGCGCACAAACAACAAUAUUGAAAGCUUCCAUGGCAAAAUGAAAGAUAAGCUUCAAGUAUGUCAUCCAAAUUUAUGGAAAUUUCUGGGUCAUCUGAGUGAUUAUAGCAAAUUACAACACAUUAUUAUUGAGCAAUUGUCAAGAGGGAUGCAAGUUACUAGAUCAGUGAAGAAUAAAUAUAUCCUGAACUCACGACGGAUUAAAAUAGCUUCAGAUCAAUUAGAACUUGGGAUUUUGACCAGAAAUGAAUUUUUAGUGAAAUGCUCUCAUACAGUUGAUGGCUAUAUUUUAAGAGAGGGUAACUGGAACAGAAAUGUCAAUGAUGAUAUUGUAGAUGAAUUUUUAUCUUCGGAUGAUGACCCCUUACCAUUGCAACAAAUAGCGCAGCCAAUUGUGAUUAUAAUGCCAGAAAAUGAUGGAGAUGCUGACCACCGCCAAAUAAAUGCAGCAGAUGAAGAAGAUAUACUUGAACCAGAAAAUGAUGGAGAUGCUGACCACCGCCAAAUAAAUGCAGCAGAUGAAGAAGAUAUACUUGAACCAGAAAAUGAUGGACAAGAAAUUAAUUGGCAGAAUAAUAUCGAACAAGAUGAAAACAUGCAAGCUAGUAACCAAGAAGAUGAACAUCAAGAAAUUCACUGGAACGAGGAAGAUUUCAUUAUACCUGAAGAGUUAGAUAUAGACAUUAUUUAUAUGAUGGAAAUUGAAGAAAAUAGGAGAAUUUUGGAAAUGCAAAAUUUACCUUACGUCCAAGUCAAAGUACCUGAAGUUCUUCCUGCUGUUGAAACAGAAAACCAAGCAAAUAUGUGUGUUGCUUGUCUUGAUGCGGAAAGUACUCACGCCUUGUCUCCAUGUGGACAUAAAUCUUUGUGUUUAAUGAGUUUAGAAUCAUUAGUUUCAGAACACUGUCCAAUAUGUAACAAUAUAUUCACUUCAAAUUUUUGUUUUUAUUGA